AUGAACAACUUCGAAUAAGACUUCUAUUAAUUUGUUAAAGAUUAAUUAGCCAAAAAAAGAAGAUAUAAAGACUCUUCUCCAAAUACUCCACAAGUUGAAACUGAUGAGAUGGAAAGUAAAUAAAAUUGAUUUUAUUAAGAAAACAGAUUAUUCAAUUAAAAUGUUAGUAAAGUGUUACAAUAAGAGAGAAAUAAAAUGAGAAUAAGUAAAGUUUCAAAGGAGUAGCUAUUUGAUAGAAGAUUUAAAGAUUUUGCAAAUAUGGAUACCUUUCUUGAUAUUAAAUAAUUUCUUAAACAUUUAAGCAAUUAAAAGAUUGAUAAAGCUGAAAAAAAAAAGAAAUUAAAAACAUUAAAGAAAAUUGAUUCAGAUAGUGAUGAUGAUUUAUUUGAUUAUGCUGAGAUCAUAAAAAAAAGCAAGUAAAUUGUUGAGUAGAGUACAGUUAUAAGACAUUCACCUGACAUCAAAGGAUAUUUGAUAUAAUAAGAAUAAUCAAAUUCAACUAAAAACGAUAUUGAAGAACUUAAAACAGAAGAUGAUAAAUUUUAUAAUGGAAUUGAUUAAUUAUUUUUUGAUAUUAAGACUAAAUCAGAAUAGAUAGCAUUAUAACAGAAAUAUGAGCAAGAACGAAAAAAUUAUAAAAGAUCUGUCUAAAUGAUUAAAAUACCUCAAAAAUAAUUAUAAGAAAACUUAUAAGAAAAAGAGAGAAUGGAUGAAUUAAUUUCUAGAUAAGCUAAACAAUUUAAAGAAUAAACUGAAAAGGUUUUAACACUUCUAGAAAAAACAACAAAGCAAUUAUAUAAUAAUAAAUAAAAAAAAGGACUACAAUAAUAUAUAAAAAAAAAGAAAAAGUUAACAGAACCCAAUUAAUAAUUAUCAGAAAUUAGUGAAUAAAGAACAACUUUUCAUUAAUUUUAUCCUGAAACUUCUCGAAGUACUAAUAAAUUACCAUAGUUAUCUCCAAAUACAUCCAAAAUCUACUCUCAUAGAACUUUUUUAAGCUAAGUUGUUAUACCUGAUUCUAGGAAAGAAAUACAUAUUAUAGAGAAAGUGGAACCUUAGGAUAAAAUAAAAAAUUAAUUUAAACAAUUCAUUUAAAAAUUAAACAGAGCUAAAGCAUCUUUUGACAAAUCAUAUUAAAAUGACAAAGAAAUGUUAUAAAUUUAAUAAAGAAUAAUAAACAAUAUGAAUAAAAUUGGGGAGAUUCCGUUAGAGAGUUUAAGAAUACCUAAUAAAAAAGAAUUUGAGAUUAAUAAUCUGAAGUUGAGUAAAUUAAAAAAACUCAGCCCUAUGCAAAUUUUAUGA